ACGUCGUUCUCAGCCCGCACAUUCAACCCUGUCGACUUAUAUAUCCGAUCCUUGGAAUAGAGAUAUUUAUUCUAAGGAUUUUCCGAUUUUAAUUUUGCAGGGCGAUUACUGCAACAGUCUACAAGAGAUUAACCAUACAAAAAGGUCUUUGCGAUAUUCCGCAGUGAUCUGAGUAUACCACGUGUUAGAAACCGGAGUCCAAGCCUAUUACAAUAAGAAUCGAAAGAAAAGAAUAGAAAAGAAGGAGAGAAAGGAAGAGAAAGGAAGAGGCAAUAGAAAAAUAAGGGAAAGAAGGGAAAGGAUCAGCUAUGGGCCACGAAGGUAGCGAUGCUCUAUUCCGAUGGCUGCUGGACACUCGGAAAUGGGUAGUCGAGGUCCAUCCUGACAGUCAGUAUCAACGCGCACUCCACAAAAUCACAGCAGACGAACAAAAAGCCGUGGGCAAGUACUUGCACGACAAGGACCGCCUGAUGAGCCUGGGGUCGCAUCUGCUCAAGUACAGCGCGAUAUCAACCGUCUGCGGGACCUCUUGGUCCGACAUUUCCAUUGGACGGGAUGAAUUUGGCAAACCCAUCUACGUCACCUCUCCUUUGCCUCAUAAUGCUUCUACUCUUCCCUCCUCUCUGAACUCUACCUCUUCCAAUCCCGUCCCUUCUGCCCGGCCCAUCCAAUUCAAUGUCUCGCAUCAAGCUGGCCUCGUCGCGCUGGUGGGCAUUCCGUCUAGCUCAGUAAGAGUCGGAAUCGACAUUGUAUGUGUCGACGAACGAGACGACUACAAGUCGAUUCAGCGGCGGGGAGGCAUGGCAGAGUGGGUAAGCAUGUACGACGAGGUCUUUUCGGCGGGUGAAAUCAGCGACAUGAAGCGCUGCGCGUGCGGCGUUGACCUUGACCUUGACCUCGCCUCUGAGGACUCAACAGGGACGGGGACGGCACCAGGGACUGUGCCGGAGACGCAGACACACGUCUCAGCCGACGAACUCGCCCCCGUCAUCCAAGACGGCGCUCGUCCGCUUCGUCCCAACACCGAAGUCACACUGCGGCUGCAUUCAGGCCGGAUCGUCACCUUCAACGCCAACCUCAUCAUCGAUGCCCAACUGCGGCUCUUCUAUGCCCAUUGGUGUCUGAAAGAAGCGUAUAUCAAAAUGACCGGCGAGGCGUUACUGGCCGGGUGGUUGAAGGAGUUGGAGUUUCGCAAUGUCAGGCCGCCGAAGCCUGCUGGGCCGAGAGCGAUCGAGGCCCAGCUUGUGGGCUUAGGAGGGAUCCAGGCCCAGUCUGUAGGCUUGGGAGGGAGCCUGGGUCAGCCUCACGGGCAGAGCCAGAGUCAGCCUAAUGACAGAAACCUGGGCCUGGGCCAUGACCAGCCAAAAGGCCACGCAGAUCCCCGAUGGGGCACAACCGUGACAGACUUUGACACGGUGUUUCGCGGCCAAAAGGUACCCAAUUUACGAAUCGAUCUGACGGCGUUUGAGCAGCAAUAUAUGAUUGCGACUGCUGUGCUGGAAGCCGGCCCGUCGGAGGAUUUCCAGGGUGGUGAUGACAAGUUUCCCGAUUUCAAGGACAUAAAUCUCGAGCGCGACGUAUUUCCUUUGUCGGGGUAAUCGUGUUGGAGGUGCUUAAGGGGGGUGGUUGUCACCUUCCUUUUGUUGCAUAUCAUUUUUUGAAAUUUGGUUCUCUGGCCUUGUUGCAUAUUACUGUUUAGAUGCGUGGCUUGCAUAUAUACGUCCCGCAUCAUUUGCAUUGCAUAGCAGCACAUAUCUUGACUCCUUCGUUUUCCAUCAUCAUCAUCCAGCGGGCGUUCUUCUCAUAUUUGCAUUCAAAUUUCAACUACUCCAUGCAUCUUCUUUCUUUCAUUUGGUUGUAUAUGACAUCGCAUAGCAUGUAAUCGCUUUUACGAGUCGGCAUAACUCUUAUAUAUAUUUAUUUCGACACGAGGACACUAGAAACGACAAG